AUGUUUUCUGUCUCUUCGCCAUGUCAUAAGCUCCUCUUCCUCUGUGUUCCAUCACGAAGUAAAAAGUACUACCCGGGAUGGCGUGAUCCAUUCAGCCUCACAGACUACGACAACCUAAGUAGGGGGUACCCUUCUGUUAUGGACCAGUGGGAGGCUGAAUGGUCAUCCACCAAGGCCGUUCCCUGUGAAUUGAAAGCAUUUGAUAUAAACAGAUUCCCUCACCAUCUUAUUGCUCGAAAUAGACGCAUCCAUCUACCAGUGAAAUAUGACCACGAGCAACGACCAGCUUACCAGAGGAGACUGUUUGGCAUUUAUGGUCUUUCAAGCGGCGUUAACCCAUGUGAAUUAUUCGACUCAUAUGAGUAUUUGGCGAGGGAAAGGGAAAUAAAAAAGAGACUUGAGCCAGAUAUUGAAGAGUUCAAACAAAGGCGGAUUGAAGCCAACGCGGCGAAAGCCAAGGUGGAGAAAGAGAGGAUCCGCAAAAUCACAGAGAAUCUGGAGCGUUUGCCUGAAAUCUUGGAGAAGUAUCGGGCCAAUCAGGAGAAGAAGGCACAAGCGGCUCAGGCUCGGGAUCGAUUCGGCUACUACGUAGACCACCGAGAUCCGAAGUUCCUGAAACUGGUCGAAGAGAAGCACGAGGAGGCGAGAUUAGCAAAAAAGGCUUCAAAGAAGAAGUAG